AUGAAGGUAAUGCACGUUUCGCCCCAUGCACAGUUUCAGUCAUGCCGCGUAUCCGCCCUUAAGUCAUUCUCGACCACGGCGAGAUGGCUGGUCGAGGGCCAGUCCGACGCUCCCGAGACGGAGGCGGAGCUGAUGGAUUACAAGCAGCGCCGUCUCGAGCGCAUGGCAGCCUUGCAGAGUGGUGAAAACGCCCUGUUCAAGGAGACCCAUCCCCGGCUAGAGCACCGCACGGAAACAAUCCCCGAGACAAGCGAGGUCACGCUUUACGGUCGAAUACGGUCCAUUCGUCGGCACGGUUCCUUCCUCGUCUUCGUCAAUAUCGUCAACCAGUUUCAGGAGGUGCAGGCUAUGAUCAAUUGGAGCCGGGUCUCGCAAACCUCUGACAUUACCAAGAAGCAGUUCAAACUGUUUGCAAAACUGCUUGAGAAAGGGGACCACAUCUCUAUCACGGGCCGUGCCACUCGUACGAAUUCGGGGCAGUUGAGCAUUGAGGCGACUUGGAUUCCGGAGCUCCUCUCGCCGGCAUUAGAGCCUAUUCCCGAGGUCAUGACGGAAGCUGAGAAGAAGAUUCAGCGGCGUCAUGUUGACAUGCUUGUGAACCCAGAGGUAGCUGACACUCUUCGAUUGCGAGCGGCUAUCAUCGCAGGUCCCGUCCAAGGAGCUUGCUCUUCGGAUCGCCCCGAGCUGUGGCUCAAGAGGCUGGUGGUUGGCGGUGUGUCGAACGUGUUUGAGAUUGGACCUUCGUUCCGGAAUGAGGGUAUUGAUGGCACGCAUAACCCAGAGUUUACCAUGUGCGAAUUUUACAGCGCGUACACGAAUCUUCGCGACCUGGUUAAGCGGACAGAGGAUCUACUCUCGGGCCUGGCCGCACAUUGUCACCAACUGAUUUCGACAGAGCUCAAGUCAUUGCCACCCGUGGACGCCAAACUCUUCGAGGCGCCAUUCACCUAUGUGGAGUUUGUGCCAGCGCUCGAGAGUGCUCUCGGGUUUCACCUCCCCAAUUUGGCGUCGGAGACGGCGCUCCCAGAUCUCAUCACGGUUCUCAAGCUUGCCAACAUUCAUGUCCCCGGCGGGGCCCCAAACACCCUUCCCAAGCUUCUAGAUCGGCUCGCAGCCAUCUACUUGGAGCCUCUCUCAUUUGAGGGUCCUCUCUUCAUUACACACCACCCGACAUGCAUGUCGCCGCUUUCCAAGAGUUUUAUAUGCCCAAAGACAGGCCAGGAAGUGUCUGCGCGCGCCGAGCUCUUUAUCAAUGGGCGCGAACUAGCCAAUAUGUACGAAGAGGAGAACAACCCCGAUGUUCAACUGUACAAGAUGUUGCAGUAUCGCCAAUGCGCUAUUGAGAGGAACAAGAAUGCGACCUUGGAGGAUGAUGUGCUUGUCGAUGAGGUGGAAGCGGAGUCCGACCUUGUGGAUGAGGUGAUGGAGCAGACCAAUGUCAUGGAUGCUCUAGGAGAUGAGGCCGAGCCUGUCGACUUGGCCAUUGAGGAGGCCAUUGAUGAAGAGGCGCCGGCAGUAGACCGAAGCUACAUCCAGGCGCUCAGGGCCGGCCUACCCCCAACGGGAGGCUGGGGCUGCGGUAUCGAAAGGCUCGUCAUGGUUUUCUCGGGGGCUAAGAGAAUCAGCGAUUGCCUGAGCUUUGGGACUCUGAAGAACGUGGUUAGCUUGAAUGCGGGCACCGGCGGUGAGCCGCUGCAGACUAAAGUGCUCCCGAAACCCGUUGGGAGGGACAAGCUUGAGGCUCUGUCGCGGAGAUUAUGA